UCCAUUUCUUCUUCUUUUCUUUCCUUCCUUGUCAUUUCUUGCCAAGAGAAAAAACUACACAAGGAGUUCUCUCCUCCUUCCUCUCUCUCUCUCUCUCUCUCUCUCUCUCUAUGUCCGGCGACAGACGAAAAGACUCCGCGGCGGAGGGCUCGUCGUCGCGAUCCAUAACGAUGACGACCGCCCCCGCCGAUCUUCAUCAUCAUCAACAGCAACCAUCGGCCGCGCCUCUGAGCCGGUACGAGUCCCAGAAGAAGCGGGACUGGAACACGUUCGGUCAGUACUUGAAGAACCAGACCCCGCCGGUGGCGCUCUCGCAGUGCAACUGCAACCACGUGCUCGACUUCCUUCGCUACCUCGACCAAUUCGGUAAGACCAAGGUCCACCUGCACGGCUGCGUGUUCUUCGGGCAGCCCGACCCCCCCGCGCCGUGCACUUGCCCCCUCCGGCAGGCCUGGGGUAGCCUCGACGCGCUGAUCGGGCGGCUCCGUGCAGCCUACGAGGAGCACGGCGGCUCCCCCGAGACCAACCCUUUCGGGAACGGAGCAAUUCGGGUCUACUUACGUGAAGUGAAGGAGUGUCAAGCCAAGGCCAGGGGUAUUCCCUACAAAAAGAAGAAGAAGAAGAGGAAUAAUCAGCUCAUCAAGCCAACCACCACUACUGAUCAAGACUCCAAGGUUUUGAAGCAGUCUUCUUAGUUGCCCCCUCAAUCUGAUCCUGCUAGCUUGAUCUGAUCUCAUGAUGAUCACCCCAGCGGGCAAAUGGAUGGGGGAGGGGAUAGAAAAGGGACAUGCUAGAAAUGUGCUUGAAAAUGUAAUCCCUCAGAUUUCUGCAAAUAGUACGUAGUAUGUUAUAAUAGUUAUAAAUAAUCUUCUAUUAUAGCAAGCUAAGUCUCAACGGUUUGCUUUUUAGUAGCACUACCAAAUACAUAUUGUAAGUUUAAUUAGUUACAUAUAUAUUAUAUAUAUCCUAGAACUUUUUGAUGAAAUAGCAGCAACAUUAUAUAUAUUGCCCAGUAUUAU